GCGCCCGUCCCGUCCCCAGCGGCGAAGCGGAAGAGGCAAAAUGGCGGCGGCGGCAGCGGGAGCCCUGAGCCAGCUCCGCUCCCCGCGCCCGACCCGCAGCGGCAGCGCCCGGCGGGGCUGAGCCGCCUUCCCGGCCCCGUCUUCACCCCCACCUUCCCCUUCACCGGCAGCAGCCCCGCUUCUCCUCCGCGCCACCUUCCCGGCCCCGGGCCAUGCCCGGUUAACGCCCCGGCCCCGGCACACGGCGGGCCCCGGCUGAGCCCCCUCCCCUCCGCGGCGGGCCGGGCCGGGCCGAGCCCGCACACCUCCGCUCUGCCGAGCCCAGAAAGCCCCUCAUGGCCGGGCCGGCCCUGCCCCAGCCCUGAUAGCCCCGUGAGCCUCCAUGUCCCCCCCGGGGCCGCCCUGAGCCCCGCGGCAGCAGCAGCAGCAGCGAAUCCGUUUCCCGGUGGCGCGGGUGUGGGAGCAGAAAGAUGUUCUCGGCCCUGAAGAAGCUGGUGGGGUCGGACCAGACUCCGGGCAGAGAGAAGAAUAUCCCUGCGGGGCUGCAGUCCAUGAACCAGGCUCUGCAGAGGAGGUUUGCCAAGGGAGUCCAGUAUAACAUGAAAAUUGUCAUCCGAGGGGACAGGAACACUGGGAAAACCACACUCUGGCACAGACUGCAGGGAAAGAAAUUUAUUGAGGAAUAUAUUCCAACUCAGGAGAUCCAAGUCACCAGCAUCCACUGGAAUUAUAAAACCACUGAUGAUAUUGUAAAAGUUGAAGUCUGGGAUGUAGUUGACAAAGGAAAAUGCAAAAAACGAGGAGAUGGUUUGAAACUGGAAAACGACCCUCAGGAGGCAGAGUCAGAAAUGGCUCUGGAUGCAGAGUUCCUGGAUGUGUACAAAAACUGCAAUGGUGUCGUGAUGAUGUUUGACAUCACCAAGCAGUGGACAUUUAACUAUAUUCUAAGGGAGCUUCCUAAGGUGCCAACCCACGUUCCAGUGUGUGUGCUUGGGAAUUACCGGGACAUGGGGGAGCACCGCGUCAUCCUGCCCGGAGACGUGCGGGACCUCAUCGACAACCUCAACAGGCCCCCUGGCUCCUCAUAUUUUCGCUAUGCUGAGUCUUCCAUGAAGAACAGCUUUGGCUUGAAGUAUCUGCACAAGUUCUUCAACAUCCCCUUCCUGCAGCUGCAGAGGGAGACGUUGCUACGGCAGCUGGAGACAAAUCAGCUGGAUAUUGAUGCAACUUUGGAGGAGCUGUCAGUGCAGCAAGAGACAGAAGAUCAAAACUACGAACUCUUCCUUGAGAUGAUGGAAGCCCGAAGCCGAGGACACACAUCACCCCUAACAACCAACGGGCAAAGCCCCUCCUCUGGCUCCCAGUCACCCAUAGUACCUCCGAGCUCCACCUCGACAGGCAGCUCAAGCCCUGGCACCCCGCAGCCACUCCAGCCACUUGCCACAAGCUCCACUAUUUCUCCUGAACCUCCCCCAUCUUUUUCACCAGUGCCUGCACCUGAAGCCCAGCAGCCCCACUUGCCUCCCCCAGCUACACCCUCCCCAGCCCCUCCGGCCGCAGCCCCGCCGAAGCGCAGCAUUAUAUCUCGUCUCUUUGGGACCUCUCCUGCCCCAGACCCCUCUCCUCCCCAACCAGACCCUGCUGCUGCCACUCCUUCUCCCCACCCUGAAGCCCCUGUGAAAGUGCAGAGUGUGGAGGAUUUUGUUCCUGAUGACAGCCUGGACCACAGCUUUCUGGAAGAGCCAGCCCCACAGAAAGAGAAGGGGAAACCACAGCCUAAACACCGCGUGGACAGUGAGAGUGAUGGAGAGGUGCCUGGGGGGAACCCCAUGGUGGCAGGUUUCCAAGAUGACCUGGAUCUGGAUGACAAAAUCCCCAGCAGACCCAUGCCAGCAGCAGAACGGGUGCCCAGCAAGAACAUUACCCUCUCCAGUGAGGAGGAGGAGGAAGAUGUGAAGGACUCUAAGGUUGUACUUAUACCUGAUGAAGGUAUCAACACAGAGCAGGAAAAAAAAAGGUCUUCCAGAAAUUCUCUGAAACUACAGAGUGAAGCAGUUUUGACCAAAGCAACUGACACAAAGCCUCCUGACAGUUCACCUCCACGUUCUGGGGCUGAAAGAAACAGCAGCAAGCUCAACACUAAGUUGCCAGCUGCUGCUGAUGCCACUCCAGCAGCAGUCCAGGCCCCAAAGACCACUUCCCAAAGCAAAGGACAUGCUCUCAAGCAGAAAGUGGUCAAAGAGGAGAAGCCUGAGGAGUCUGACAGUGAUCAAGAGGGACCAAUAGCUACUCAAAUGCUUUCAUUUGUUAUGGAUGACCCAGACUUUGAAAGUGAGGAUUCUGACAGCCAGAAGAAGAAAAUGGAUGAAUUCCCAGUCCGGGAAGAUCUGUCUGAAAUAUCUGAUGAUGAUACCUCAUUGGCAAAGCCACCCCAGCCUGUGAAAUCAGUGCUCCACUCCUUUAAGCUGAAAAAUGACUCAGAUCUCUUUGGUUUGGGUUUGGAAGAAACUGGUCCCAAGGAGAGCAGUGAGGAAGAUAAGCAACUUUCUAAGGAGAAAAAGAAGAAGAAAAAGAAGAGCAAAGAGGAAGAGGAGAAGUCUGUGAAAAAGAAGAGCAAACACAAGAAGAGCAAAGAGAAGGAGGAGAGCAAAGAGGAGAAAGACAAAAAGAAAAAGAAAAAGAAGAGCAAGGAGAAAAACAAUGAGAUAGAUGAACUUGAGGCUUUUCUUGGAGGAGGAGCCAGUGGGAGCAAGCCUGGAGGAGGAGGGGACUAUGAGGAGCUGUAGGCUGGCCAGAUGUACCUGCAGCAGACUCCUGUGUCCUGGCUGUCUCCAUUUUUUCUUACGAGUCACACCAGGACAGGUGCAGAUGUGUAAAGCUUUGGCUGUUUGCCAUAUAUUCUCUCCAACCAGAGCUGGCAAAACAAAAGCUUUGCAUCUGUGUGUGCUGCUCUGGUGCAUUCGUUACACAAAGAAACUCCAGCUGAGAUGUACUUGAGUAAGGGGAAGGUUCAGGGCAUAGUUCCCAGGCCCACUUCCAGGAUGUUGUUUUUCCUUCUUCCAGAGGUGCCCCUGGGUGUAGCUGUCAGGGUGUGGGAGGUGGAGGGGUCCUGCCUCCUGCUCCACCCCUGCUGUGUUCCACUCCUGCACACCUGAAAUCCCUGGCUUGUUAAGAGGAGUGCAACCAAACGUGCUGCAUGAACGCAUCGUGCUCGCCUGUCUCGAGUCUUUAACUUUUUAUCCUUCCUAUUUUUUUAAUGAGAAAGGUUGUAUUGGCCGUUGCUCCACCCGACAGUUGAUGAGCUUUUAUUCAAGCAGGUCGUGCUGUGGUACAGCUCUCUAAAACCACAGCCACAGGGCCAGAGUGAGAGAGUGUGUGUGACUUUGGAGUCCUGUGAACGGGACCUUUCUGCACAGCAGCUUAAUUAGCACUCACUGGUGCUGCUGGUGGAAUUCAUGAAGCCCCAUUGAUUUCCGUGGCCCCAGUGUCUCAGACACUACAUGUAAGCUGCUAUGCAGUUUGGGAAAACAAUGCAAAGUGCAAAGUUAACCUGAAGAAGAGAGAAAAAUCAGUGCUUUUCUGCAUUUCCUACCCUUGAAUUUGCAUAUACUAGAAUCCCCUCCCUUUGGUACCUCUCAGGGACAUGACUCUUAUGUGGAAAUGAAGAUAUCCAGAGCUUCAGAACUGUCUACAAGGAAGUGUUAGCAUGGCAAGGCAUUUGCUUCUCAGGCAUUUUACAGUCAUGCUGUAAAACCCAGGCUGUCUUUCUGCACCAAGGGACACCCACUGUAGCUCAGACAGCAUCAUUCUGCUCUGGCUUCUGCCCACACUGCAGCCAUGCCAGCAGGCCAAGCCUCCCAGCAGCCAGCGUGCCCCCUUUUUCCUGCCCCAGGUGGAGAGCCUGCUCCCAUCCCAUGGGCUUGGGAAGCUUUGGAAUUUUUGCUUUCAGCAUAGGGGCCUGGCCCUGUGCCUGCCCUGCAGCAUUGCCUGCAGUUGGCUGGGCACUACAGGCCAGCCCUUCAUGCUUGCCUGGCUCUCAGUCGGCAGCCCCUGUGUUUGAUGGUGCUUGUUCAGUUCUCUGUCCCCCCUUCUGGUGUCACUUGCACAGCUCAGUGAAGCUUCCUCAAGGAUCUGUGCAUCCCAUUGCCCUCUGGCGUGCAGGUUGAUUUGAAAUUUGGUUUUGUUCUCCUUCUCCCUUUUCUGUUCUAAAAUGUCAGCCAUGAAAUCCAAACUGGGGUUUCCUUCUACAUCCUUAUAAAUCUUGGGGUUUUUUGUUCUGGACUUUUGGUCCAUCAUCCAUUCCAUCCAAACACAGAGUCACCAGCUCCAUUCUUCUCUUUCUGUUCCCCAGCACUGGUAACUAUUUCCCUAUCAACAAACUGGAUUGGUUUUGUGGGUUUUUUUGCUGCAUGAGCAGUAAGUUGUUUGGGUCUGUUUGCCAUGAGCAUUUGUCCACUUCUCUGAGUACUACAACAUUCCACAUGACACUGUAUGGAAACUGCACGGGACAGCUCAACCUUUGCACGUCUGGGGAGGAAAAACGGGAUUGGGAUGCGACCGGUUUGUGGGCUCUGUUACAAAAAAGGCAGCAGGGUUGGAGCCUCAGCUGGCUGCAUUCAUCAAGUGCUUCUGUUCUGUGAAGAUUUUGGGUCAUGUUCCGUUUUGCAUCGAAAAAACCUGGUACAAUCCAUUCUGACUAUAAAGCUCUGUUGUACAACU